AUGUUAAAAGCAGUUAGGAUAAUCAUACAUCAUAGCAUAAAAAAAGUCCCUAGAAAGAUAAUAAAAUUCACAUAUCUGACUAAGAUAAUGAUAAUCCUACUAAGUUAAUUGUAUUAUAAAAGGACACAAAUAAUUUUGCAAAUUAACAAGCAGAUAAAAACAUAAUAAAAUUAUAAGUUAAUCCUCCCAGCCAGAAAAACAGCUCCUAAAAUUCUCCAAGAUUUCCUCCAAGCCAUAAGAAUAGUUCUUAAACCUCUCCUAGAUAUUCUCCAAGUAAACUUUAAACAUUAAGAUUGCAACCCAGCAAAGACAGCCAAUCAUCACCUACAAGAACUGCUUUAAAAAAGUUAGAGGUAACUCCUGAGCCUGAGAUUUUGCUAGAUAAUAUUAGGAGCUACCGAGCUCCUAUAGUAGAAGAAAAUAAAUCUGUACCAUUCUUAAAGUAGCCAACAUUAAAAGACGCUUAACAGGCUGAAGAUAUUGAUGAAAAAAAAACAAUUUUAAAAAAUAAAAAGGCAUUAAAGAAUAAAAUAGAAAAAAUAAUAAGUAAGCAUAAAUAGGUCAUAAAAGAUAUUGAUUAUGCCUACUAAGAAGUGA